CCGCCGAUUGACACCUAUGCGGUGAAGGUAUUUGUCGUUUUUCGAGGCAGCUUCUUCCCCUAAGUUGCAUAAGUUCUCUGCGUGCGUUCCAACAAAAACCUUCCCAAAACCCUCCCUCCCUUCCGUCAUUUCCUGUACUCGGGGACCUUAUCGGCGAACGGCGAACCCGAGAUAGGCUAUUUCUCAGUAGCGGGACAAAAAUGGGAUUGACGAAUUUCAUCCUUACCAUCGCCGGAGUCAGCGCGGUGGUUCUCCUGCUGAGGAGCGACGUCAAGCAGUCGGCCGUUAUCCUCCGCCGCAACGUCAAGCACAUCCGAACCUGGCUCGAAGAAGAAUCUGCUGCCGCUUCCAAGGCUGAUAAGGCAACUCCGAAGGAACUAGAAACCAAGGUUUCCCCUAAAGAAACACACAAGGAAGAGAAGCUCUAAGCAACACCGAGUCUCAACUGCAGGGAAGCUUGCAAUGUCUAGAUAGGCAUCCCAGGAGUCUAGUUAAGCUACUGUUAAAUAGUUUCGGUCCAAAAAAUUUAUCGAUUAAUUGCGAUAGCAGAUAUUUUGUCGAAUUCUGGUCUCACUUUUCUCUUGUAAUUCUCACUCAUUAAAUUUUGUUCAAACCUUGAGAUGAUAAACCAAUCAUGGCAUUAAAUAUACCUAAUGUGGAUUUUG